GUCCGUAUCACGGAGAAAGCAAAAUGAAUUCAAGCAUACAUAAGCUGAACCUUCGACACCGAGUUAAUUCUUCGGCCAUAUUGUCGACGGAAGCCUAAUAUCAGCAUUCGAGACCUGUUUAGACUACAAUGGAGUACAGAAAGAUCAAAGAUCAGGAUAAGGAGGAGAAUGUAGCAGAUAUUGAAGAUCCACACCCUAAAUCUGGCUCUGGUGCAGGUAUUGUAGAUAAGCCAAAAAUUGGCAUUCAAGAAGGAUCAGAAUGGAAACGCAAGUCUCUUGUGACAAUUGCAUUGACUGUGCUUACUAGUUCACAAGGGAUCCUUAUUGCAUGGUCAAAACGAGCUGGAAAGUAUGACUACAGUAUCACAACGGCAAAUUUUUUGGUGGAGACACUAAAGUGUGCAUUAUCAUUGAUUGCUCUCACUCGAACAUGGGAAAGAGAAGGCAUCACAGAGGAUAACAACCAGAUGGUCUGGUGUGGGAGCUGUAUGCAGCUGAUCAUAUGGGAUUCAUUGGGCUUCCAUUUCAAAGGGACCAGGCUUAGCACCACUUUGGAAGAGAUCAAAGUCUAUCCCAUUCCAGCAGCAUUAUAUCUUAUAAAAAAUUUACUACAGUACUAUAUCUUCAUGUAUGUGGAUGCACCAAGUUAUCAAAUCUUGAAGAACUUGAACAUUAUUAGUACUGGAGUAUUGUAUCGCAUUAUUUUGAGGAGAAAAUUAACAGAGAUUCAAUGGUCAGCUUAUAUUCUAUUAUGUAUUGGAUGCACAACCGCAGAGCUAACUUCAUCUUCUGAUCGUGUUUUACAGACCCCGCUUCAGGGCUGUAUGAUGGCUAUUGUGAUGGCACUAUUGAGUGGCUUUGCUGGUGUUUACACUGAGCUGAUCAUUAAAAAGCGACCUUCAAGGAAUAUCAAUGUGCAGAAUUUCUGGCUGUAUAUCUUUGGCAUGAUUUUCAAUGUUGGAGCUAUGCUUACACAGGAUCAUGACGAUAUUAUGAACAAGGGAUUUUUCCAUGGUUAUUCACUCAUCACAGCAUGCAUGAUUAUCAACCAUGCUCUUAGUGGGAUUGCAGUAUCUAUGGUAAUGAAAUAUGCAGAUAAUAUUGUCAAGGUUUACUCCACUUCCGUUGCAAUGCUUCUUACAGCAUUUAUAUCAAUGAUUCUUUUUAGGUUUCACUUGACUCUUCCUUUUGUCCUUGGUUCAAUGGUUGUGUCUGUAUCAGUUUAUUUGCAUUCUAAGGGAAAGGCACCAAGGUAAUAUCCAACUGUUGAGUGAAGUCAAGGGAUAAACAUUUUCGAGAGUUAGCAAAAUGAUUUUUCUUUAAGGUUAUCUUGCUAGUGAGGGUAACUCUUAAUUCGGAACUGCUCUGGAUGGACUUCCAAUAGCAUAAUGUACCAAAGAAGUUGAGCUUUGUUCCUUUUUGAUUUAAGGAUGGUGUACCCAUUUAGCAUUUUAGAUAUUACUUUGUUAUUUAACUCACAUUUAAAGAAACAAAAGGAUUCCAACCUGCCUUGAGCAGACGAGGUUCAUAGUCAUUGAGUUGAUAUUUAUAUCAAAUGGCUAAUUGACGAGAGUCUUAAAAUUAUUUGGGCCCUGUACAUGUAAUUUACUUAAUAUUAUCUGAUUCAAUUUACUUGUUUCUGGGUAGUUUAAGGGCUGCAUACUAGUAUCAUCCCUGCAAAAUAUUUUAAUUGUGCAUAUGUAGAUCCAUUAAUAUAUUUCAAACAUUCGUUCUGUUAAACAGUUUUGCAUAAACAUCAGCAUAGUAGAUUUUCCGAGUUUUCUUUUAUAACUAAAAUUGCUAAUCAUACAUUUUCAAUUUUGAUAA